CUGAAAGUUGGAUGUCUCCAUACUACAUAUGGCGUCUUUGCACAAUCAAAAGUUGCAUCCGAGUUACAUAAAACACAUUGUCCUGGCUCGAUCACGCAAAUCAGGGUCCAGUUUACGGAGUGGCCCAAGUCAAGCCAUUGAAGCUUUAACCAGACAAAGACAGACCUCGUCAUGUAUAUAAGUCACUGCCAGAAUUCCCAACGUUCUCUACCUCAUUCUACUGCCUCCAGCCUUCCUCAGAACGCAAGUCUUGAAUUGCAAUGGCAUUCUUCCCCGACAGUUCCAUUUUCAACCAGGGCGUCGACGGAAUGCUCCUCAACCCUGGGGCAUCCAGCAUGGACACCGAGUCGAUCUCCCCAGCACCCUCCACCGUAACUGGUCCGUACUACACUCCCACCGGCGAGAUCUCCUUUACCCCACCACCUAUAGUGGAAAACCUGUUCAUUUUCGGAGAUCCCAUGUUCUACGGCGAUUUCCACCCAGACAUCACCAACGAAUUGUCGUACUUCAAUUUCUAUUGUCCCUCGCUCGAACCACCUGCCGCAGUGCCCGCCGGCGAUAGUAUGUCGUAUUCCGGGAGCCCCAGCCCCCCGCAGGUUGCGAACAUGGACGAAGACGCGGAAUACGACCUUGACCCAGAAUACGACGGCAACGGCGGAGGAUCAUGCGACUCGAUGGACGAAGACGCGUCGACUGUCACCCUGUUUUCCCAGCCAUCUCCUUCGUCAGAGUACCGCGACUGGAGUCCAUCCAGCUCUGUCUCCGAUCCUUGCACCAUUGUCGACUCUGGAGACGUCGGUUAUCGUCCUUCUGCCGAUGACUCUUCAGAUACAUGCUGCUCAGGUGGUGAUGACUCUGACUACGACGAGCCUGCGACUGACACCCGAAAGCGCGCGCGAACCCCGAAGGCCACCUCCGAGUCGCCCAAGCCAAAACGCGGCAAAAAGGCCAACUUCCAACAGUCAUCCGAGCGAUGGUCUUUCCACGACCGGGAAGUACGAGUGCGUUGCAUGUACCCCACGUGCGACGCCGAAUUAUGGUCGAUCAACAGUGCCGUCGACCACUUCCAUGAGGAGCACGCUGAGGAUGAGAGGCCCGAUGCCGUUCGGUGUUCGUACCUUGAGUGCGACGCCACAGGCAAGAGCGUGGGAGAUAUAAGGAGGCAUUUCUUGUCUCAGAGACACGAGGCGCACCGUUUCAAGUGCGACGCAUGCCAGAUGAUGUUCACAAGGCGAGAUCCUAUGCUCAGGCAUAUGCGGAACUUUCGGGGCAGGUGCAAGAAUAGAACUGCGAGAAAGAGUCCAGUGCAAAAGAGUCCGGCUAACAAGUCGACUAAGAAGAAAGUCAGGGCUCGGAAGGCUUAAAGUGACACGACUGGCAAUGACAUUUAAUGCAUUCACUUCCUUCACGUAGAUAGCAAUUCAUUUAUGCGCCUCAUUUAGAAUUUUACAUAAUUAGAUCCUAUAUAAUUUUAUGUCCUCAAUAUGGUCCUAUGUUCAAUAAAUCGUC